UUCCGUCCAUGAAGGACGAGCAGUUCCAGGCGCUCCAGGAGAAGCUGGCGGAGGCGGACGCGCAGCUGCUGGCCGUCACCGCCAGAUGCGACGAGUGGAAGCGCAAGGCGCAGGAGAAGGCGCGGGAGGCAGUGCAGCUGGGCAACAAGGUGGAGGCGCUGGAGGAGCGGCUGGCGGAGCUGGACGAGGAGGACGUGCCCGCGCUGCAGAUGGAGGUGGCUCGGCUGCGGGAGGAGCUGGCGCGGUCAGAGGCUCUUCGCUUCGACCUGCACAGGCAGUUCCAGGCGCCCGACAUGCUCCUCUCCUAUGUUCCCCAUCAGUCAACACCUGCAAAUCUGAUGGCAAUUGCCACUGAUAAUGAGGAGGAGGAGGAGGAGGAGGAGGAGGAGGAGGAGGAGGAGGAGGAGGAGGAGGAGGAGGAGGAGGAGGAGGAGGAGGAGGAGGAGGAGGAGGAGGAGGAGGAGGAAGAGGAGGAGGAGGAGGAGGAGGAGGAGGAGGAGGAGGAGGAGGAGGAGGAUGAGGAGGAGGAGGAGGAGGAUGAGGAGGAGGAAGAAGAGGAGGAGGAGACACGAGUAGGAGCAGUAGUGGCAGCAGCAAGGGAGGGAACUGGGGCAAGCUGGGGGAGUGUCUGCUGACUUUCACUAGCUUCCUUGCAUUUGGCUUAGUUUCCUCAGCUUCUCGCUUCAGUGUCUCUCGUCACCUCAUUUCCUAUGAGUUUGAAUUCAGUAGUCAUAGCAAUUUCCUGUAACGCAGUAAUCAAAUCCUAGGGUUUGCGCCCUUCCGCAGCGCUAGAGUUCGCAUCACACCGAACAGCGUCGCAGAAGAUAGAACCCGUGAGGUUCGAGGCUGACUUGCUUCCAUUCCCGUGGAAGCACGCUCGCCAUGGGACGGCCCAUCGCCGGCACGGCCACGGGCAGCGCGGAAAGCCUCCUUUGGCUCGGCGCGCUGUUUGUGCUGACAUGUCUCGCCGUGGUUUCUCCUGUCCGAAGCGUGCCCUACGCCCCCAACCAAGAGCAAGCUCUCCUGGACUGCCAGAAGGCGUGGGGGCAGACGUUCGCUGGCUGGGGCCUUGGCGGUAGCAACUGCAACAGCAGCGCGACUAACCUCACCUGUGACGCUCAAGGGAUGGUAACCACCAU